AUGGACUGGGAGGCGAUUUGUGGUCGUCAAUGCGACGCACGACAUAUUAAUACUGUCAUAGUAUCGCUGUCGGAUACCUUGUCGGAGGCCCCGCGGAGGUGGGUGCGGCAACAGCUGGGAGAGGAGACGCCGGCGUCCGCCUCCGUCACCGCUGUGGACAGCUGCCUGGAGGCUAAACUGGAGGAUAUCAUCCCCGAAGAGCAAGUCAUCGAGCGUGAGGAGGUUCGAAUGCCAGAAGGCACCUGGACGAUGAUCCCACUUCUAAACCAACGGAGAAAGCGUAAGCUUACAGUGGUCGAGUAUGACGCCUCUGAAGCAGAGAGUGAGGGACAACAACUGUUACCAAUGGUGGGCAUGAGCUGCGGUAUGUAG